UCCUGUCCCCGGGACUGGCAGCGGGCGCUGGGCCACUGGCGAGUGUGCGCCAGGAUUCCAAACACAGGCGGUGAACCUCUCCCGGGAGCAGCCUUGACGAGAACCGCCGCUGACCUGCCUGUGCCAUGCUGAUCCUCCCUGGCCUUUGGGGGCCUCUGGAGCUCCGGGGUCCCCGGGAGCCCCGGCUGCCCCGGCUGCCCCGGCUGCACUUUCUCCUGUGUCUCCUUCUUGCAACACGCCCGAGCUCAGCAGACCCGGAACCUGCAGAUGCAGAUUUUACCAGUCUACCUGUGCGAGAAGAAAUGAUGGCAAAGUACUCUAAUCUUUCCUUGGAGAUUCAUAACAUAUCAUUGACAGAACAUCCCAGUAUGCCAGUGGAAAAAAAUAUCACUGUAGAAAGGUCUUGUAAUGUAGAACUCACAUGCCAGUUCACAACAUCUGGAGAUGUGAAUUCCAUAAAUGUGACUUGGAAAAAAGAUAAUGAACCACUGAAGGAUCAUUAUCUCAUCAAUACAACAGGAAACAUCUUGUCUACCCAGUAUGCGUUCACCAUUGUUAACAGCAAACAAAUGGGAACAUAUUCUUGUUUCUUUGAAGAUGAAAAAAUGCAGAGGGGAACAUUUAAUAUUAAAGUCCCUGAACUUCAUAGAAAAAACAAGCCAUUGGUUACCUAUGUGGGGGAUUCUACCGUCUUGACAUGUAAAUGUGAAGGUUGCUCUCCUUUAAAUUGGAGCUGGUACAGUAGUAAUGGAAGUAUUCAGGUUCCUGUUGAUGUUCAAAUGAAUGAUAAGUAUGUGAUCAAUGGAACAUAUGCUAAUGAAACAAGACUCAAGAUCAUGCAUCUUUCAGAGGACGAUGGGGGAUCCUACUGGUGCCAGGCACUGUUCCAACUAGGCGAGAGUGAAGAGCACAUUGAACUUGUCGUGCUGAGCUUCUGGGUGCCUCUCAAGCCAUUCCUUGCAAUAGUUGCCGAGGUUGUUCUUUUAGUGGCCAUUAUCCUGCUUUGUGAACUGUACACACAGAAGAAAAAGAAGCGACCAGAGAGGGGGAGAGAAUUCGAACAAAUCGAACAGUUGAAAUCAGAUGAUAGCAAUGGAAUAGAGAAUAAUGCUCCUAGGCACAGAAAAAAUGAAGCUAUGGGUCAAUGACUGAGUAACAUCAUGCCAAGAAUCAUGAGAAGAUGUUCCGUGUGUUUGUGGUAUAGCUUGUAUCCUUCCUGUUAAAAGCAUCUGAGUUUUGAUUCAUAAAAGGAUGAAAAGUGUAUGCAACACACAACGGGUCAUAAGUUAAAUAUGGCAUCUCUCAACUGAAGGCCGAUAUCCAUUCUAUAACUGUUACACAUCAAAGUCAAAUACUUCUACAAACUGCCAUCUAGCAUAAUUAAUUCCAUCAUAGUCAUUAAGAGACACACAAAACAGACACCAGCAAAAUCAGUUCAUUGUUCCUAGAACAAGUGUCGCUCAAGGCCUAUUUAUAACCGAAGAAUUAAAGAGAAAUCUUUUGCCAUUUGUCUUAAUUUUGUUUUUCAAUCAUGCCUACUAUGUAUAGAUGUAUUUGUAACAGGUUCUUAUGUAUAGCUUAUUCGGUAAUAUUGAAAAAAUGUGGCUUCCCUAUGAAAUGAAUACUUUCUGCUUUUACUUAUGUUAGCUCAGCUUCAGUCUCUCCAGGAAAGAUCUUUUUCUCCAUAAACAUUGACCAUGUCAAGAAAGGAAAAUCCACACACUUGCCCCAAAGCUCUGUCACUACAAAAGUGAAGCAUCAAUCUUUAUUCACUUGUCUCCACUGCUUUCCCACACCAAGCUAAACUGAUUCUUAGUUUACAAGUGGAGAUCUCAUUUUUUUUAAAGCCGUAUGGCUUGGACUUCUUAACGUAUAUGGUAUUAACAUUUUAGGGCAUAUAGGUGCCAUGUUGUUGUAAUGCUUAUAACGCUAUAUUGAUGAUUUAUGGUUUGUUGUGUUUUCAUAUCUUUGAUUUGAAAUUUGAUUUCCUGGUAUGCAAAGUUGUUUAAAUGACUAAAAACAGAUUAUUGGUGCUUUGCAAUAAUUCCUUUGAAAUCCAGAAUUGUUAAAGUUUGUCAUUUAUGUUGCUCUGAAUGUCUUAGACUUUCAUUAAAAAAUAAUAUACUUGAUAUCUGUUGCAUACAUCACUGAAAUAUUUAAUCAAUACAUCACGACCAAACCAAAUUAAAUCUUAAUAUAUAUGAACUCUGAAUGUAAUGUUAAAACCACUCUUCAGGAUCCUGGGUUAGGCUGGAGAUCACAAUGUGACAUUUGCUGGGUGUCCUUAGUCCUGGUAGGUGCAAGGUCUCACUGUCUUCAUGGUAACAUCUUUAAAGAGCGAUCAGAAAGUAAGAUGGUGGGACUUGGAGUGGUAGUGAAACCUCCAGUUCCUGCUAUGAGAUUACAACUUGAGGAAAAGGAAUUCAGUGACUGGGGAAAAAGACUUCAUGUAAAUGUACUCUGUGUGGCCUGUGAAAAUUAUAAUAAAAUUCACUUAGUAAAAUUA